CGUGCGGCGUGACUUCGAGUGAAGACGAGAAUCAAGAGAAUUCAUCGUGCGAAGUCUCUUGUGCGCGGAGCAAAGCAGCCGGAGCCAGAAGCGACAACCGUAUCUUCCCUAUUCCCACCGGAAUAGCGUGAGAAUAAUGGCGGCCACCAUGAUAUCGAAGCUGAUGAAGAGGACGCGACUUCUCGCCAUCCCCUUUCUUGGGUUCCGCCUCCGGUAAUCAUCCACCGCGACCUCGCCGUCCUGGGCCGCUGUUCGAUCACCAGCGUCAUUACCAAACGAUUUCAAAAGCGGGUUUCAAGUCGGCAUUCGAGGCGCUGUUUUCGUUUCCUUCUUUAUUUCCGGCAACGGCCGCUUUCUUGGUGGGCGCGGGGGGAUUGGAUCGUUAGAAAGGUUAGGUCUUAUGCCGAUGCCAGUAUGGUCUCUGCUUCGCCCAUUGUUUUCUUCUGUUCAUCUUCUUGAUGUCGUCGCCCUUCUGUUCAUCUUCUUGUUGCUCGAUGACUUUUAGUUUUACGUAUAGCUGAAGCUGGUUAUUUACCAGGGUACACCAUUUGCCUUCCUUUUUUCUUUGCACAGUCAUAUACUUAUGCUAUUAUUACUUGUUUUUCUUUGUCUUUUUUUGCGAUUGCUAUUGCUUUGAAACUUUGUCUUAUCUGCUGGCAGGUGCCAUGUUCUAGACUCGCUUGCAAGUUUUUUCCCUGCUUUUCUGUUCUUUUAUCUGCUUCAUAUAGCCUUUGUUUUAAAUGGUAAGCAAGUUAUUCUAGUUGUCUUAUCAGUGAAGGCUGGCCUCUGUCCUCCUCAAAUAGCUCAACUGAAUGGUAUGCACCUCUUUUUCCUCUUGAUUUAUGUUAUCACUUUUUAAUUUCUCGCCUUAAAUCAUCUAAUGUUUUUUUUGCAUUUGCUUCUGUUUUGUACUCUUAUUUAUAUUCUUUCUUUAUUUUGGAGAAUUGAUAAUAGUGCAGUGACUCAUAUUGAUUGAAAAACUAGCUUCUAGUUGAUCGAGUUAUCUGUUUUAAUGGUUUCUACUCUAUAGAAGGCAACUUUGAUUAAUCAUCAUAUUUUCCUAGUUCCUCAACAAUAUUGUUGUCAAUUCAGAUAUUAAAACCAUUUAAAUGUUUUAAGAGAUUUUGUAAUGACUGACUAGCCAUUGUUGACAACCUGUGGGAUCCUCCAUAAGUAGAAACUGGAUUUUCCACAAAGCUGGAAAUAAUUCAUAAAUGAAAUUUCUAACUGAUUGGAACAGUUGUAAGCAAUGUCCCUGAAGAUAUGAAGUAUGGGGUGGGGAUGAAAAACAUUAGGAAGAAGAAAAUUUGAGGAAAAGGUUGUUUGUGGAAUGGCCACAACAAUUUACCACAUAAUUAUUUGAAUUUAUGCAGUUCAAUUAAAUGCAGAACAAAUUCUUUAUUCGAUAUUUGUUCACCAAUAUCUAAAGACACUCUUUGACCAUUAUGUUCUAACUCCAAAGGGAUUCUUGUUUGUUCUAAGACUUCAUAAAAUAUUUUUUUCCCCAAAAAUAUUCUCUAUCAGACGACUUGCUAAAAUGGUAACUACUAAAGUAUAUGUCCAAAACUAAAUUUGAAUAAAUUAUUUUUGCUUUAUUCAUUUUCAUUUUUUUGUUCUUAUAUGUGGAUCCAAACCCUGCCUUUGCUUUGAGGUUUGAGACUGUGAACUAGACAUUUGGUUUCUAGAGAAAUUGAGGGGCUUGAAUCAGGUUUGAGAUAAAUACUUACAUGACUGACAUUGAUGCACAUAUGCUAUAUUCGUAUCCAAGAAAGAGCUGACUUUUAGUUUUGUGAUCUUUUGAUGUAUAGACUUCUUUAUGGACCUUGACAUUAUAUUUGCACAUAUGUAAUGUUAUCAGUAAUUUUUGGACUUCAUUACUAUAAAGUAUCAUUUCAACAAAUAGAUUGCAGUUUAUUGACUUUAUUCAACUAGAUGAUUGCAUAACUAUACUAGGUCAUUAUCAAAUUCAAGAUUCCUCCAACAUGUGGGAUAUCACACUUUAUUAAGGAUCUUAUAACACAUCUUGGACCUAAGGAUGAAUGGAAUGGUGGUGCUUGAGAAAUGUUAGUAUGUGCUUGGGACAGGUUUGUACGUGGAAUAAUUCUUAUAAUUUCAAUUACCUAAUAUGUACUAAGCCUAAUAUACAAUUUCUUUUGAUUUCUUCUUGUUAAAAUAACCAUUUAAUUUGGAUCAAUUCAUUUGAGUUCUGAAUCAUUUCUGGAAUUCUGUACAUACACUUGAUAACUAGUAAUUCUUUUGGUGAAAAGUUUCUGAAUGUUGCACAAGAAUCUCAUACUAGUUAUGGAUGAAUUUGAUGAUGAUCUCACUAACACUUCUAUUUGUCAUCUUCACCACAUCUCUACAUUCUGGGCUAACUAUUUUGUGUUUUAGGUACUUAAAUUUUUUCUUAAGGGAAAUAAAUGAAGCUUUAGGCUCACCCUCACAUCAGAUUAAAAGAAAAAUGCAACAAAAGCUAAUAUGGAUCUGUCUGGGUGGGCGAGUUACUGUUGGGGUGUUAGGCAUGUGUGUGGUGCAUGUUCUUUUGCAUUCAGAAGUGAGGCUUAAAUUCUCACCUGUCCCUCUUUCUUUGUCUUUGUUAAACUCAGUGCGCUUUGGACCAAGUAUUGGCAACAAUUCAGAGGGACCAAGCUAGGCAUGUAGUCAAACCAUUAGCAAUAGAUGUAUGAAGGACUCUACAAUAAGUUGCUAGAUGGAUCAGUUUAUAAGAUGGGAUGAUUGGGGAUGCAUGACCACUGAUCAGAUAUUAUGAUCACUGUGGAAGAAGUAAAAGGACUAGCUAAGACCACUAGUUAAAGGCUAGAAUCAAUAUGAUAAAUCAAAACAACUACUUUUUUAGAUGUCUAAGGUAUGUCAGCAACAAAGCAGAUCUAUCAUUAUAAAAGUGCCAUACCAUGUUGGACUCAACCUGAUGGAAGCUGAGCAAGUGUCACCUGACAGCUGAAGGAGGGAGCAAGUACACCAACGGGUUGUUGGUUGAACAUGUGCCUGUUGAUGAAAAUUUUGAAAUAUGCUGGUGGUUACAUGAAUUCUGUCUAUAAAAUUGAUUUGUUUGUUCAAUUGAUUGAUAAAUGAUUGGACAAAAAUAAACAUAAAUUCUACCUCAUUAAUGGAUUAACAUUAAAAAAAAAAAUCAGAUGCUUAUGAUACUAAUUGAUACUUCUAAAAUGCAUAAUACAAUAAAUCAUAGCAUGUUCGAGAGACAUAUCACAGAAUACUGAGUGAUUACAACCCCAGACUGAUUAUGUUAUACCCUAGGAAGCAUGGAUACGGCAAAAUGGCAGCCAUACCAGUGUCGAACACAUUUCCGAUAUGAAAAUGGCGGGGACACGGUGUGAUACGUACCCAACACGUGUCAGGUUGUUUUUCCUCUCUUUUUUGGUUUUUCCGACAUCGGAUACGGCUGGGUACUGAAACAUUGAUGUUUUUAUGUUUAUCUUUUAGGAUUUUUGCUUGUAAUGACUAUGCAUUAAUGUCUAAUGAUGCUUACUUUUCAAACAUAAGUGCUUUUGAGUUAUGAUUUAUGUUUAUAUGUUAAAUUUAUCUUGAGUAUUUGUGCUUCUAUAUUAAUAUUAUAUUUUUUAAUAUACCGUAUCCUAGCUGUAUUGUAUCCUAUAUUUUUAAGAAUUUGUUAUAUCUCCAUAUCUGUAUCGUAUGGUAUCUGUGCUUCCUAGAUUAUACCUAAUGAAGUACAUACCAUUUUUGAAGUCUUGAAUCUGAAAUAGAAUGUUUAUAGGCUCAGUAUUGUUUCUGCUGAAAACUGACCAAGCAAUUUAGCAAGUCUUUUGGCCAUAUUUUCACAUGGGUGAAACCACCAUAAAUUGUAUAGAAUGUUGUGGCAGAAUUGAAACAAGGUUACCUACUUCACUUGGUAUACCAGUGAAUCAGUAUGUUUUGAACUGGAUUGCUAUAUGGGUCCGUAUAAUAUAAAAUUUGGAACCUAACCACACCAUUAAAUCCCAUGGAGUUUGGAGAAUGUCUCAGUCAUUUAAGACAUUGAUUAAAAUAUAACAUAGGAAGCUCUAGCAGGAGUUUAUGAUCCUAAAAGCAUUAAGUUUUGGGCCACUGGGAUACUCCGGGAAUGUGAUAAAGUGGGUAAAAUGCACCUUAGAUAUCUCAACUUGAAUCAUCUCAAAGAAUAUAAACAUUUAUUUAAAAAUUAAAAAAAAAAUACCUGGAUAAAUCAAAAUGUUUUACAGACUUAAUUUUCUAUACAUGCAUCAUUUUCUUUUAGCACUGUUCCAAGGUUUAUUUUUUAUUUUUUAUUUUUUUUUUGCACUUGAUUUGAUAACAAAGCAGGAUUCUAAGGGGGUGUUUGGUUGGAGGGAGUGGGGGUUUGGAAUCGGAAUAGGUGACUCCCAUUUCAAUCAUUUGGUUGGGAGGAGUCCCAUUCCGAUUCUGAUUUCAGGAUGGAAUGGGAAUGGCUCAAUCUAUAUAGAACUCAAUCCCUACUCUCCUCUAUGGAUUCAAAUUUUUAUUCCAAUUUUGAUUUCGAUUCCAGUCACAAACCAAACGCUUUGGAAGAUUUGGCCAUUUCGAUUCCGAUUCCAAGCCAUUCUGAUUUUCAUUUCUAUUCCAAUUUCGGUUCUGAACCAAAUACCCCUUAACUGUCAUAUUUCAUGAUUGAAGUUAGGGAGUGCUUGGUUCGCGACUGGAAUCGGAAUCGAGAUCAGAAUGAGAAUGGCUUGGAAUCAGAAUGGCCAAAUCCUCCGAAGUGCUUGGUUCAUGACUGGAAUUGGAGUCGAAAUUGGAAUUGGAAUGAAAAUUUGAUUCCAUAGAGGAGAGUAGGGAUUAAGUUCUAUAUACAUUGGGUCAUUUCCAUUCCACUCCGAAUCGGAAUCGAAAUGGGACUCCUCCCAACCAAAUGGUUAGAAUGGGAGCCAUCCAUUCCGAUUCCGAUUUCAGACCCCUGCUGCCACCAACCAAGCACCCCCUUAGAAUAUUUGCUCUCAUAUCUAGGAAAGAUUUUCUAAUUCUACCCUUAUCAAAUUAGGUUCAUUAAUAAGUAGCAAAUUUCCACCAAAUGAACCAGGUAACAUAGGGUUGAAACACAGUCAUUAGAACAUGCUUGAGCACAUCUGAGUGCUUGCUGUUAGGAUCACAUAUUGUUCAGAAUUCAGAUCAACCCACAUCUGUUUUAAACUGACCUGAAGAUGACCCUGUACAUUUCUUAUUUGAAGGAUCAUUUUGGAAUCAGGUUUAUAUCAAAACAUCUGACACGUUUGAAAUAUGGAUCUCCAUUCUCAGGUUUAUAUCAAAACAUCUGACAUGUUUGAAAUUUGGAUCUGCUAUGGAGACUUCCUGACAUAACCUGAAAGUAAUGAAAAAAGCUAAUGUGCUGCUUUAAUAGCUUCAAUAAGACCCGUAAUUAACUUAUGUUGUUAAUAUAUUUAAUGAGGUUGUUCAUGUUAUGUGAAAUAGGUUGUUAAUAAGGCAGUUGCAUUGUAAUAUAUGACAAUUUCUUCUAUGGUAUGCUUCUUAUACAAUUAACGAGCAUGAUGGAUCCGCUCUUCUUAUAGAUUUUUUUGGGUUAUUUUUGAGCCACUCUGACCCAAAAAGUGAGAUAGAUCCUACCUGACUAAAACUGAUUAGAUCUUGUAACCAGUAAGGUAGGUUUCUUUACUCUAUAACCGGUUUGUUAAGGUAGUUGGCAGCAAGCUUCUUUCUCAUCCACAAUGGCCUUAACCAGUUCAAUGUAAGCUAUGGUUGACAUCACAUUAAGACCUAAUUUUCUGGAGACAUGUUAAAGCAUAUGAUUGCAACAUGUACUUGAACAGAUCUCUGGGGGUUUGAAGUAUAGAUGUUUGAUGAAAUUUCCUUGUAUUGUUAAAAAAAGAAUAAUGUGCUUGUGCAGAUUCCAAGGCUUCUAUUAUAGUGCAUGUUUAUAAUACGUCACUGCAGUAAAUUAAAUACCUAACCUUGGUAUUGUUUGUAUCGUUAUUAUAAUCUGAUUUUUCUGCUUCCAUUCAUAGUAGCAAGGUUUUCAUUUAUGGUGCUAGGCUAAAGAACAUGGUUUUGAUUAAAUUUCCUAAUUUUUUUUUGUGCUUUUAGUUUAAUGCAUACAUCUACCACUAUAGUAAGAUUGGGACCCAAAUACCUCUAUGUAGCUGAACCCUUUUUUUUGGCUAAAUUACUCUUUAUUAGAGUUCCAAUACAACCAGAAAAGAGAAAUAUUUUUAAUUAAAGUUUCAAAAAAUCUAAAAAAACUUCGGGAAUCCUGUCCUAGAAAGUAGAGAAUUCACGGGCCCAUGUAUCUCUAAAUUUGAUCUUUCAAAUCCCAAACUAUUUCCCAAAUCUCUAAAUAUGAGCUCUCUCUCUCUCUUUGUGUGUGUGUUUGUGUUGUUUGACUUUGAAAUUUAUAAUUUUGUCCAUGAUAGUUAAAUUGUAUACCUCUGUCCUCUAUGCUGAAGUUUAAGCAGUGGCUGUUUUAUUUUUCUGCAAUCUUUCAAGAAUAACCAUGCAAAUUUUCCACCUUUCGAUCUUUUACUGGGAAGAAGUGGUUCCAUUCUGUUUCUCCCAAACGCAGAUGCAAGGCAGCCUCUCACGUGAUAAUGAACAAAUGGCAUGGAAAAGUCAAAUCACCUCAUGGAGUCAUGUUCUCCAAGCUACUGGGUUUGGCAGCUCAUGCCUUGGCCGAAGCAGAGAGUAAACCAGAGCCUAAAGAUUUAUGGCAAGAACCUCUAGAUCCUGCUGUUUCGUGGACUCCUUGUGCCAAUCAACGUAGUUGGGAAACUUGUGAGGGAAAUAAUGGAUACAUCCUAGUCAGUGCAACUGGUGGCAUAAACCAGCAGCGAGUGGCUAUCUGCAAUGCUGUCGCUGUUGCUCGGUUACUUAAUUCAACUCUUGUUAUUCCACAUUUUUCAUAUAACAGUGUUUGGAAAGAUAAAAGCCAGUUCAGCGAUAUAUAUCAGGCGGAGCAUUUUAUUGAUUACUUAAAAGCUGAUAUCCGGAUUGUGAAGGAACUGCCUGUUGAACUACGAUCUUUAGACUUGGAGGCAAUUGGUAGCCUUGUUACUGAUGAUGAAGUCAUGAAGGAGUCAAAGCCAAGCUUUUACCUGAAAAAGAUUCUACCUAUCCUAAUUAAAAAUAGUGUUGUCCAUUUUGUUGGAUUUGGGAAUCGCUUAGCUUUUGACCCCAUACCAUUUGAGCUACAGAGGCUUCGAUGCAGAUGCAACUUUCAUGCUCUUCGAUUUGUUGAUAAAAUACAAGAAACUGGUGCUUUGCUUGUACAAAGGAUGCGUAAGCAUAGAUCGCAUUCUGCACCCUUGGAACAGAAUCUGCUAGGUGCCUUUGCAGGGAAACCAGAUAUGACUGGAUUAAAGAAUCUUCCCUCCAAAUACUUAGCUGUGCACCUCAGGUUUGAAAUUGACAUGGCCGCAUAUUCUAUGUGUUAUUUUGGUGGUGGCAAGGAUGAAAUAGAGGAGUUAGAAGCAUACCGAGCAGCCCAUUUUCCUGCAUUGACACUUCUCAGGAAGACCAAGAAGAUACCUUCUGCUGCAUUCCUGCGUUCAGAAGGCCAGUGCCCACUCACGCCUGAAGAAGCAGUGCUCAUGCUUGCUGCUCUAGGUUUCAAACGUAGAACCAACAUAUAUGUUGCGGGUGCACAAAUUUAUGGAGGGAAGUCAAGAAUGGCUGCUAUGACAAGCUUGUAUCCUAAUUUGGUAACCAAAGAGACUCUUCUCUCUUCAUCUGAAAUCGAACCAUUCCGUAACUUUUCAUCUCAGUUAGCAGCUUUGGACUUCAUUGCAUGUGCCGCCGCUGAUGCAUUUGCCAUGACGGACUCAGGGAGCCAACUAUCGUCUCUUGUUUCUGGAUAUCGUAUGUAUUAUGGGGAUGGGAGACUCCCCACAAUUCGGCCUAAUAAGCGUCGGCUAGCCAGUAUAUUCUCAAAGAAUUCAACAAUAGAGUGGAAGGAAUUUGAGCGCAGAGUGAGAAAGGCAAUUAGACAGACUAAGCAGGUUUUUGAAAGGCCAAUUGCAAGGAGCGUGUACAGACAUCCACGAUGUCCAGAAUGCAUGUGCAAGAUUAAUGACACAAUUGCAUUGCUUUCGUAAGUAUGUUCCUGAAACAUAUGCGAGUACUUUCAGGGUUAAUGGUUCAUUGUGUUUUCAGUGAGAUGCUGAAGUGGUC